AUGGCAGAGCGUGCGGCCCUCGAGGAGCUGGUGCGACUUCAGGGAGAGCACGUACGGACGCUCAAGCAACAGAAGGCCAGCGCCGAUCAGAUCGAAGAGGAGGUAGCAAAACUUCUGCAGCUGAAGGCACAGCUUGGUCCUAAUGAAGGGAAACAGAAGUUUGUGCUCAAAACACCCAAGGGCACAAGAGACUACAGUCCCCGGCAGAUGGCAGUUCGAGAGAAGGUGUUUGAUGUGAUAGUCAACUGUUUCAAGCGGCAUGGUGCAGAAGUAAUUGAUACACCUGUAUUUGAACUAAAGGAAACACUGACUGGAAAAUAUGGGGAAGACUCUAAGCUUAUCUAUGACCUGAAGGAUCAGGGUGGAGAGCUGCUGGCCCUUCGUUAUGACCUUACUGUUCCUUUUGCUCGAUAUCUGGCAAUGAAUAAACUGACCAACAUUAAACGCUAUCACAUUGCAAAGGUGUAUCGACGAGAUAAUCCAGCCAUGACCCGUGGCCGUUACCGAGAAUUCUACCAAUGUGACUUUGACAUUGCUGGGCAAUUUGACCCCAUGAUUCCUGAUGCAGAGUGUCUGAAGAUCAUGUGUGAGAUCCUGAGUUCACUUCAGCUGGGUGACUUCCUGGUCAAGGUAAAUGACCGGCGCAUCCUAGAUGGGAUGUUUGCCAUCUGUGGCGUUCCUGAUACCAAGUUCCGUACUAUCUGCUCCUCAGUGGACAAGCUGGACAAGGUGUCCUGGGAGGAAGUGAAGAAUGAGAUGGUUGAAGAGAAGGGCCUUGCACCUGAGGUGGCUGACCGCAUUGGGGACUAUGUCCAGCAGCAUGGUGGGGUAUCCCUAGUGGAACAGCUGCUCCAGGAUCCUAAACUGUCACAGAACAAGCAGGCAUUGGAGGGCCUGGGAGACCUGAAGCUGUUGUUUGAGUACCUGACCCUGUUUGGCAUUGCUGACAAGAUUUCCUUUGACCUGAGCCUUGCUCGAGGACUGGACUACUAUACUGGGGUGAUCUAUGAGGCAGUGCUGCUCCAGACUCCAGCCCAAGCAGGGGAAGAGCCUCUGGGUGUGGGCAGUGUGGCUGCUGGUGGACGCUAUGAUGGGCUGGUUGGCAUGUUUGAUCCCAAAGGGCGCAAGGUGCCUUGUGUGGGGCUCAGCAUUGGGGUGGAGCGGAUCUUCUCCAUCGUGGAGCAAAGGCUGGAGGCUUUGGAGGAGAAGGUACGGACCACAGAGACACAGGUGCUUGUAGCAUCUGCACAGAAGAAACUGCUGGAGGAGAGACUGAAGCUUGUGUCAGAGCUAUGGGAUGCUGGGAUCAAGGCUGAACUACUCUACAAGAAGAACCCAAAGUUACUGAACCAGUUGCAGUACUGUGAAGAGGCUGGCAUCCCACUGGUAGCCAUCAUUGGAGAACAAGAACUCAGGGAUGGUGUCAUCAAGCUCCGUGCAGUGGCUAGCAGGGAGGAGGUGGAUGUCAGAAGAGAAGACCUUGUGGAGGAAAUAAAAAAGAGAACAAGCCAACCCCUCUGCAUCGGCUGAACCAAGAGCUAUCAGAGCAAAAUGAGACUGGCACUAUUUGAAGCUAAGACAACACUCUGUAUAUGUACUUUAGCUGUUUUACGUAUUUAUGUUCCAACAGCAAUCUCUGAAGAAUGGUCAGAGCAGAGACUUUGUAAUAUUAUUAUUUUACUGAUAAUGACUGGCAAAAAUGGCCAGGU